UGAAGAAAAUGUGUGGAAACUUUGUGACUACAUCAGGAGUCAGGAUCAAUACCCGUUAGAAGAAUUUUAUGCUGUUUUCAUAUCCAAUGAUAGGAGGAUGAUUCCACUGUGGAAGCAGAAAUCGGGACGUGGAGAUGAGCCUGUUGUCUGGGACUACCACGUUAUUCUACUCCAUGUUUCCAGCGGGGACCAGAACUUCAUUUAUGAUCUUGACACAGUCUUGCCGUUUCCAUGUCCUUUUGAUGUGUACAGUAUGGAGGCCUUUAGGCUGGAUGACAGCCUUCGUCCAGAAUUUCACAGGAAAAUCAGAGUGAUUCGAGCAGAUUUGUACUUGAAGACAUUUGCUUCAGACAGAUCCCAUAUGAAAGAUGCAAAUGGGAAAUGGCAGAAACCUCCUCCUUCAUACCCGUGCAUUGAAACUGCAGACUCCAAGAUGAACUUGGACGAUUUCAUCAGUAUGAAUCCCAAAGUGGGAUGGGGCUCAGUGUUCUCCCUUCGGGAUUUCGUGCAUCGAUUUGGCAGACAGACUGAAUACAGCAAUUCCUUGAAAGGACAGUGAAGUGAGCAAGGAAGUUCUCCCUGCUUGUCCUUUGAGGGGGUGUGUUUUGUUUUGCUGCUUUUACAUUGUAUUUAUGUUUUACUUUUCUGUACAUUGAAUAAGUAUUUGGGAAAAUAGAAUACCCAAUCAGAAAUAUCAUGAACUGAAUAAAACCUUUUAUUUUGAUUA